CUAAGUUAUGUUUGUUGUGGCUGUUUGUGGUGAUGGAAAAGAUAGCAGAUAUGGCAGUUUCAGAGAUAGGUUGGAGUUGGAGGCUUUUGUGCAACGGCCGCGGAGUUAGCAAGACAAACACGCCCUUCUUCCUCCAAAUCCCAACGCAAAUUGGCUUCACUAGGUUCUCUUCUCGCCUUGUUGCUCGUGCUUUGGACCCCAAAACGGAGGAUCAGAACUUCACCUCUUCUUCUCAAGAGGAUUUAGCGUACGUGGGAAAACUGGUGGCGGGAUCUUUUGCCGGCGGUGGUGCGAUCAAGUAUGGGAGCGCUCUUUUCCCUGAGAUAACUACUCCCAACCUUGUGCUAGCUCUCAUCAUCAUCUCAACUCCUGUGCUUGUUGCUGUUUUUCUUUUGAUCAAGGAAAGUCUUACAGACCAAUAGGAACUUUAUUUGUUAUUUAUUCAUGAACCGUAAUCAAUUGGAGAGAUACUGAUACGCUUUAUUUGUGUAAUGAACAAACAUCCCACAAAAUGGGCAUGCUGUCAAAGAAAUCAAGCAUGAACUAGUUAAUUUUCGAUGUCAAGUUGAGCCGGUAUUCCGUUUUCUCAAAGGAAACUGUACUUUUUCUCUUCAAAAAAGGACACUGUUUUUCAUCA